AUGGACUAUUCGCGGCUGAAAGCUGCCGCUUUGCAAGGCGGCGAGGAGGAGGAGGCCGUCACCGUCGACACCAGAGCCUUGAUCGACAAGGUUCUUGCCAGAUACUCGGGCGAAUGGACCACGUUGCGGGAGCUGAUUCAGAAUGCCGCCGACGCCCAAGCAACAACCGUCAAGGUCAAGUGGGAAACGCUGCCCUCGACUUCAGUUCCGCUCCCCGCCACCACAAACCGAUCCGAACUUCUGAAGCAUGUUAUCGCGAACCACACACUGCGUCGACUCGUUGUGGCGAACGAUGGCCAACCCUUUACCAAGACCGACUGGGGAAGAUUAAAGAGGAUCGCAGAGGGAAACCCCGAUGAAACAAAGAUUGGUGCCUUUGGUGUCGGCUUCUACAGCGUCUUUGCCGACUGCGAAGAGCCCUUUGUGAGCUCUGGCAAUGAGGCCAUGGCAUUCUACUGGAAAGGGAAUGCACUUUUCACCAAGAAGUCCACUCUCCCCGAAGAACAGAGCAGCGGCGACACCACCUUUGUCCUCGACUACCGGAAUAGUACCACUCCUCUACCGAACCUAUUGUCUGUCAGUCAGUUUCUCGCAACCAGUUUGACAUUUGUCGCCCUGCAGCAUGUCGAGUUCUGGAUCGACGACUACAAGAUCCUAGAUCUUCACAAGAAGACCUCGCCUAGUCUCGACGUACCCAUUCCGAGAGAUAUUGAGACGCGGACGCGAGAGGGUCUGAUGCAAGUCAAAUCAGUGGAGCGAACCAGCACUCAGAUCGAUGCCGCUGUUAUGAGUGCCGCUGGCUGGAAGCCAAAGGCUGUCGCGGCAGCCAAGUCGGCCGACACAUAUGGUGCUGGAUCCGAAGUGCCUUCACUAAGGAGCUUCUUCUCGAGGUUGACUUCCUCGGCAUCGCAGGUCACUGUAAAGGGGAGACAGCAGAGAGAAGAGGCAGCUGCUCAGGAGGAGAUUAGUGAGGACGUGACCAAACUCUCUACUUCAACCAUCUUCUUGCGAGUGACAACCGCCUGGGUCAAGACCAGCGUAUCAACUUCGUUCGCAACGGAAUUGGAGCGCGCAACAAAGAAACCACCACCAAAGACCACGAAGCUAGCCAUUCUCACCUCGUCCUAUGAUGAGACCAUGGCUUCAGAGAGUUCACGCUCCGCCACCAUCUCAAAGUCUGUGGACGUGUUUGCUUCAGUUUUGCCCAGCAAGAAGCCCGGGGGCCGCAUCUUUAUCGGGUUUCCCACAACGCAGACAACCGGUGCCGGCAUGCAUAUCUCGGCGCAAUCAGUCAUUCCUACGGUUGAGCGUGAGGCUAUUGACCUGAAUGCACGAUGGGUGAGGACAUGGAAUAUCGAGAUGCUCCGGGCGGCCGGUAUCAUGACAAGACUUGCUUUCAUUAACGAGAUGAGCGACCUCGACUCCAAAGUCAAGAAUAUGGUUGGAGCUGCGACAAAAAUUGGCGCAGAAGAUCUCGCCAAGCUUUUACCUGAAGCACUGCACAUCCUGAAGACAUUCACUUUCGCUGAUUCUACACCAAGCGGUCAAGUGUCCCAGAUUCUCGAGGAAGCGUUCUGGACAGCCUUCAAGAAGGCUUCUAUUGAAAUCUUUUCCUCCAGAGGUGUUUUGUCCAGCACGAAGGUCCGACUUGGCUCUGACGAGCUCAGCAAGUUCGUCGAUACCAUCCCUGUCGUACCUCGAGAGCUCAUGGAGAAUGCUUUCGUUAGGAAGCUGAUGGACUUUGGGCUCAUCAGCCCAAUCACUGUUGAUGACGUACGGACAGAGCUGGAAACCAAGGCAAUGAACAAAGAGCAGCUCAUCAAUUUCAUUGCCUGGGCCGGCAAAAAGGCACUUAGCGGAGAACUGGAUCCUCCCAGCAAAGCUCGCCUUCUGGAUGUAGCGGUUGCCACGGUCACUGAAGAUGGCAGCGACCAAGGCGAUAUCAUUGCUCUUGGUUCCAUUACCAACUAUCAGUUGCCGAACAAGAUUCCAGCGAAUCUUCCAAUUCCUCCGCGCACUAUACCUAUGGCUUACACCAACCAUUGUUCUGCUGCUGAGCUGCAAGCGCUUGGCUGGGAGCCCCUGGAGGUCGUGCCAUGGCUGCGUUUUCUGCUAGAGUUGGGGUCAAGCAGGUCUGACGAGUCAAAUCUGAAAAAAUCCCCAAAGUUUGCCGUUCAGGUUCUUACGGUACUCUCCAAGAACUGGGACAACAUCAGCCAAAGUUCCAAGUCAGUGAUUAUCACUCUGCUUCAGGCUCAUACAGUUAUGCCGACAAAGACGGGCAUGAAGAAGCCAACCGACUCAUUCUUCCCCACUGUCAAGCUUUUUGAUGAUCUGCCCAUCAUCCAAGGCUGUCAAGGCCUGAAAGACAAGUUUCUUUCGGCAAUUGGAGUGCGCAAGACGGUCGACCUUGACACCAUCUUUUCGAGAUUACUGAGCCCCUCGGCUGAGGGUGCGCAGAGGUGGAGUCACAUGGAGCUCAUCAAAUAUCUCGCCUCAGUCAAGGAUGACAUUCCCGCCGCCGACAUGACGAAGCUUAAGGAUACUCGUUUCUGUCCGGCAGAAGAUAGAGCGAAAGGAAUGGAGCCGACCAAGGGCACAACUGAGCUGUACAAGGUCUCGGAGCUUUUCGAGCCAAAGGAUACACUUAGAACUCUUCGGCUGCCUGUGUUACAGUGGCCUGGCCCGCCCGGAAGCUAUAGAGCCAACAGCCCCGAGGGCCGAUUCCUGGCCAUCCUAGGCCUGCGACCAUACCCUUCUGUGAUUGAAAUGGUCAACAUGAUGGCUUCUACGGAUGCUGAGCUCAGAACGUCCGCUAUGACCUAUUUCAUUGCAAACCAUCACCUCAACGGUUAUGGAGCCUUCAAUCUCGCCGAUAGUCGCAAGGCUUUCUUGCCCAUUCAGAAGGGCAGCAAGUUGGUCACGCCUUCGGCUUGCUUCACCAACGAGCGUGCCGCAAUCCUGGGUUUCGACAUCUUGAAGAAAGAUCUUCACGUGCAUGCCAACAAGUUUGGGGUGGUUAGAGACCCGCCUAUUACGGAGUGUGUGUCUCGUCUGCUGGCCAAGCCACCUCAGGAUCAACAAAUGGCCAUCACUCUCUUUGAGUAUUUCGCCCUUCGUAACAGCGAUCUUGGAGAAGGCAGCUUAUCCAAGCUGCGUGAUGCACCCAUUGUUCCCGUUACACGACAGGCUCGCGAUCCAGGCGAGAAGAGUGGCUCGUAUGUCACCCACCUCAGUCCCAAGCGAUGCUACCUGGGCACUUCGGCGACAUACGGUAACAUUUUCGAUUUUGUCGACUUCGGGACGAAUGCGAACACAUUCCUCUUCAAGUGUGGAGCAAAGGAGGAACCAAGCAAGCCAGAGAUAGCAAAUUUAGCUUGCACCGAACCUGCACGACUUCUCAGCAUUCUUCAGAGCCCGGAUAAGUACCUCGCUCUUCUGAAGUCUUUAGCAGAGAACAUGCCGACGUUGAAGAGAGACAAAGAGCUUAUUCGCAAGAUGAAAAGUUCUCCCUUCCUACUCGCAGCCAAGGAGAUCCCAUCGCCGCCAUCCAAGGAAAAGCUUAUUGAAGUGGACGACGACGAUGCUCCUAUCAAGCAGUACCAGCUGGCCACUGCGAAUCGAAUCGUCAUCUUGGACGACAUCAUCAGCUACCGCUUGUUCAAGGACUACCUGAUCACUGCGCCCGAAGAGGAAGUGCUGGAGGAAUUCUAUCAUCAGCUUGGCGCUCAGACGUUGAGCUCGCUCGUGGAAGAGGAAGUAAGAAUUGGCCCUCACGCGGAUAAGCAGGACCGAGCAGCUGCUCUUCGGAAACAUGUACUGGAGCGGUCCAAAAUCUUCCUUCACGAGUAUGCAAACUAUCGACGGGACUACAUCAAACAUGAUGCCAAGUGGUUGGAGAAGAGCCUGCGUGUUGAACUCGUUCGGUCGGUCGCACUUCGUCGUUCACUGAGGGGCCACAGCCAAUCUCACACGGAAAAGAGAUCCGCCGCCAGCGCCCAGUCGGGCUCAAGUUGGAUUCUUUACGUCGCAGCUGAGGAGAAGCCUGACAUGUAUCAGGUUGGUCAGGCUAUCUGCCAGCUUCUCCUAUCACGGCCAAACCAGCAGGCCUAUCUAUUUUUCGAGCCUUUCCUUAACCUCGACCUCUACGCCUUGAGAGCCAGAGGAUACAAUGUCGAUCGAAUCCUUCGUGCCAAGCAGGCCGAGGCAAGAGUUGCCGAGGAGGAGCGUCGCAAGGCACUGGAGGCUGAACAGAAGCGGAUACAAGAGAAAGAGAAAGAAUGGAGCCAGCAAGCAAAGGCUGCUGAGGCUGCUCGACAAACCGCAAAGACACCAGAUCCGGUUAUGCCGGGCUCUUUCGGGAACGACAGCCCCGAAGAGGUUCAUCGAUCACCCCCUCCACAGCAGUCGCGGAAGAGCAAGGGGCUCUUCUCGAACCUGACUCGUCGGUUUGGCUUCGAUGCUAACGAGAACGAUGAAGCGCAGGACCAGCUUCAAAAGUUCAUGGACAAUCCUCCUGAAAGUCGGCCGCAGUCACAAAGCAUCACGAACCAACCUAGCAGCAACACAGAGAAGAAACCCGAUGAUGGCCGUGUGACCAAUCCAGCGACCGUGGGGCAGAACUUGCUCAACGCCAUCAACUCUACCAGGGCUCAUGACUCCAACAGCGUGUUCUCGCCACCGAGCGUCAACGAGGUGAAGGAACAGGCCACUUACUGUGACAGCACGCCCGCGCAGAAUAUCGUUUUCGCGGCGGAGGCAUCGAACAGUAUGAAAGUCUUUGUCUCCAAGAACCUGUCCAUGGAUUCGGCUCAAUUUCUCUCGAGGAACCACGGCCCCAUCAACGCAUUUGCUGGUCUUCUUAGUGAGGUCGGCGGCGUUUACUCUCUUUCACCACGCGUUCUUCACAUCUUUUACGACGAGUCAGGCUCAACGAUUGCUUUUAAUAGCAACGGCAGUGUCUUCUGCAAUUUGCGCUUCUUCUUGCAGCUCCAUGCGGAGAAGAUCCUCAAGACCCAGAGUGGCGAAGCAAAGGCCGAGGCGGCUGUGUGGUGGUGGGUGGUGUUGGCUCACGAGCUUGCGCACAACCUGGUCCAACCUCAUAAUUCGGACCACAGCUACUAUACUGAGUCAUUUAUUCAGCAGUACUUCGCCAAGAUGGUGGUCAAGACGGCGCAGUGGACUCAGCAGACUGCCGUCGCCCGCCCUGCCCUCCCCGCUGCACCCUCGCAGUCUCAACCGCAGAUCCAGCCGCCCCCGUCGUACAAUGAGAGCAACAGACAGGCGCCAGGCAACUCCCAAUACACUUUGUUUGACUAG